AUGCCUUUUUAUUUCCAUUAUCAGAUUGGAAGCCUUUAUCUGAACGCUACCGCUAGCAUUACGUUAAGUUGUCGACCUCAAGAGAUUUGUUCUCAAGUAUCUAUCUAUCUAUCUCACUUUGUUCAUAUCUAUCUAUCUCUCUAUCUCACUUUGUUCAUAUCUAUCUAUCUCACUUUGUUCAUAUCUAUCUAUCUAUCUAUCUCACUUUGUUCAUAUCUAUCUAUCUAUCUCACUUUGUUCAUAUCUAUCUAUCUAUCUAUCUAUCUCAUUUUGUUUAUAUCUAUCUAUCUCAUUGUUUUCAUAUCUAUCUAUCUAUCUAAUUUUGUUCCUAUCUAUCUAUUUAUCUAUCUAUCUAUCUAUCUCAUUUUGUUCAUAUCUAUCUAUCUCAUUUUGUUCAUAUCUAUCUAUCUAUCUAUCUAUCUAUCUAUCUAUCUAUCUAUCUAUCAGUGCGUGUGCAUACAAACGCUUCUCCACACUAAUAACAUUUAA